AUCUCCUUCUCCCUGGCCUGGGCCAACCAUGUCUUCCUCGGGUGCCGGUACCCUCAAAAAGUUAUGGAUAAAAUACUUAGUAUGGCUGAAGGCAUCAAAGUGACAGAUGCUCCAAUCCAUACAACAAGAGACGAACUGGUUGAAGAAGGGGUAGAAGAGCCACCCAGAAAACAAAGAGUCGAAGGAAAAAACAACUCUACGGUUGAGCAAGGGCAUGCAAGAACUUCUGUCAAAACAGAACAUGCAUCACCUAAGCAGGAAAACAGCUCAACAUGUACGGGGUCCUCUACCAAGUCAGAAAGUGGUGGGAACUCAGCCCAGAGCUCUGGUAUCUCCUUGAAUGAGAAUAACUCUACAAGUGAUGGGGAUCGACCUACUUCCAGCCAAAGCAGCCUCAGCAGCUGCAUUUCCUCUCAGGUAACGGCAGUGAUGGCAGGGUCUGGAAAAGUUUCCGAAUCAGAAACAUCAGAUAAACAUGGUUCAGCACCAUUUGUUUCCUCUUUGUUGAAAUCAAGUGUGAAUAGCCAAUCCACUGAUUCCAGACAACAAAGUAGCUCACCUAAAAAGAGCGUUUUGGAAAGCUCUUCAGUUUCAGCUUCUCAAAGUAGUUCGGAGAUCCCAUUGCCAUUGUUGGGCUCCUCAGGAAGCUCGGAAGUAGAAUUGCCACUCUUGUCUUCUAAACCUAGUGCUGAGACUGCUUCAAGUGGGUUAGCUUCUAAAGCUAGUUCAGAAGCAAGUGCUACAUCGGUUUCUAAAAACAGUUCUUCAUCGGGCACAUCCUUGCUAACUCCCAAGAGUAGCUCCUCAACAAACACAUCACUGCUGACUUCCAAAAGCACUUCCCAGAUAGCUGCUUCACUGUUAACUUCCAAGAGCAACCCCCAGACCAGUGGAUCGCUGGUGUCCAAAAGCACUUCCCUAGCAAGUGUGUCCCAGCUGGUUUCUAAGAGUAGUUCCCAGACAAGCACUUCCCAGGUGCCUUCUAAAAGUACUUCACAGUUAAGUGAGAGUUCUGUGAGAUUUACUUGUUGCAAGUUAACCAAUGAAGAUGUGAAGCAGAAGCAACCUUUUUUCAAUAGACUGUAUAAAACAGUAGCAUGGAAGUUGGUAGCUGUUGGUGGCUUUAGUCUCAAGGUGAAUCAUGGAGAGCUCUUAAAUGCAGCUAUUGAGGCUCUUAAAGCAACACUGGAUGUGUUUUUUGUCCCACUAAAAGAACUGGCAGAUCUGCCCCAAAAUAAGAGCUCUCAAGAAAAUAUUGUUUGUGAAUUAAGAUGUAAGUCUGUUUAUCUGGGCACUGGUUGUGGAAAAAGUGAAGAAAAUGCUAAAGCAGUUGCUUCCAGAGAAGCAUUGAAGUUAUUUCUCAAAAAAAAGGUAGUGGUAAAAAUAUGUAAGAGAAAAUACAAAGGCAUGGAAAUAGAAGAUCUCGUCCUCCUAGAUGAAGAAUCAAGGCCUUUAAACUUACCACCAGCAUUGAAACAUCCUCAAGAAUUACGCUAAUAUGUCCGAAAAGUCACUUCAUAAAAUAUACCUAGUAUUUGAAGA